AUGAGUUAUCAACAAUCAAAAGACCAACAACAACCCCAACAACAACAAAAAUAUUUAAUACCAGUAAAAUGUGUACUUAUUGGUCCAACUUUUUCAGGUAAAACAAGUUUAGUAGUUAGACUUGUGCGUGAAACUUUUAGUAAAGAAUCACAACCAACUGUAGGAGCAAUGUUUUUAAAUAAAACUUUUCAAUUCUCAACUCAUUUUAUUAAAUUAGAGGUGUGGGAUACUGCAGGACAAGAGAAAUUUAAUUCAUUGGCUCCAAUGUAUUUUAAAAAAAGUAAAGUAGCAAUUAUUGUAUUCGAUUUAUCAGAUAGACAAUCAUUUGUUAAGGCUAAAAUGUGGAAUAAUGAAUUUAAAACACAUGCAACAGAACCAGCAAUAAUGAUAUUAAUAGGAAAUAAAUGCGAUUUAAAUAAAACAGUUUUACAAUCUGAUAUUGAUGAUUUUAUUAGAGAAGAAAAAGAAAAUUCAAUUGAUUUCACUUAUUUUGAAGCUUCUGCUAAAGAAAAUACAAAUGUAAAUAAUAUAUUUGAAACAAUUGCGGGUAAGAUACCAUGGAAAGAGGAAAUUAGAGAAAGAACAGAAGCACUUCAAGUUUCACCAGUAAUAAAUAAAAAAAAGAAAUGUUGUAAAUAA